AUAGCUCCAAAAUACAAAAUAAAAAAUAAAAAAAUGUAACCACUUUACCAUUGGCAUCAGAAAGAAACAAGUUGAAAUCGCUCUGAACUCAACUUGCCGGAAAACGCAACCGGGGUUAGUUACCGGUCGCCAUAAACAAUUAGAAUGGAUGAGAAGAAGCUGAAUCAGAAUCAGAAUCAGAAAAACAAAUACAGUAUAAUUGUUCCUACAUAUAAUGAACGACUCAACAUUAGUCUCAUUCUUUACCUUAUAUUCAAACACCUUCAGGAUGUUGAUUUUGAAGUUAUUGUUGUGGAUGAUGGGAGUCCUGAUGGUACUCAAGAUGUUGUAAAACAAUUGCAGCAGGUUUAUGGAGAAGAUCGGAUUCUGUUAAGAGCGAGGCCUAGGAAAAUGGGUUUAGGAACGGCUUAUAUUCAUGGCAUGAAGCAUGCAUCUGGAAAUUUUGUUGUCAUUAUGGAUGCUGAUCUAUCACACCAUCCAAAAUAUUUGCCAGGCUUCAUUAGAAAACAGUUGGAAACUGGUGCUGAUAUAGUUACAGGGACUCGUUAUGUUAAAGGUGGUGGUGUGCAUGGAUGGAAUCUUAUGCGCAAACUAACAAGCAGGGGAGCAAAUGUUCUUGCACAAACACUUCUAUGGCCUGGUGUCUCCGAUUUGACAGGAUCUUUUAGACUUUAUAGGAAAUCGGUGCUUGAAGAUAUCAUUAGUUGCUGCGUUAGUAAGGGAUAUGUCUUCCAAAUGGAGAUGAUAGUACGAGCAUCCAGAAAAGGGUACCAUAUUGAAGAGGUUCCAAUCACAUUUGUUGAUAGAGUAUAUGGAAGUUCAAAGCUUGGUGGAUCAGAGAUUGUUGAAUACCUGAAAGGCCUAGUAUAUCUUCUGAUGACAACAUAAAAAGAUAAAUGAUAUCGACUCAUGUAUGUAGUUCAGUUCAGUAAGCUAAUUAUUGAGGACACAGGUUUGGCUGCUCGAAUCUUUCAUAGCUUGCCUUUUGAGUUUUGUAGCAAGCAUAUCUGUUUGGCCAACAGUUAUGUAGCAACUGUGUGGUGUUUUUAACUGCUUGCAAAUAUUGAUAAUUGAUUUUGUUUUAGCUGAAGUUGUGACUAAUGUUGAUCCAUUUUCUGGUUUUCCCUUUUUGUCACCACCAUUAAUAUGUGAAUCUUCCUAAAUGGAAAUACAACUACUCAGGCUAGGAGAUUUCUUGAACACGAUAAAUUUUAAACCAUAGGUCAUUAAGAAGUUGAGUUUUGUACUAUUCUGAGAAGGUUUUGUCAAUUGUGACACCUAGGAAGAAAGCUACUUGAAUGAAUGUUUUAUUUUCUA